UGCAUAAGGGAAGUGUCGCAGGGUCCUCGGCUCAAUUCUGUGGCGCUGCGUAGAUGUCAGACAGCGUUUUUAUCAGCUAAUCGGAAGAAACACACUUUAUUGUAUUUUUAACUAUAUAUACAACGUCACAGAAUGGCCACUGAUUCAGGCUACGGUGGCUCACAAAGCUAUGGGUCAUAUGGCGGUCAGCAGACUGGACAGGGUUAUGGACAAGGAAACGGCAGUGGCUCUUUUAGCGGACAGAGUUACAGUGGCUAUGGACAGCCAGGUGCAGCGACACAAGCAGCAGCAGCAGGAGGUGGUUACCAGUCUCAGGAACAGAGUGCUGAUAAUUACGGACAGGAACCAUCUGGGUAUGGCAACAAGUCGUCGUCUACUUACGGGCAGCAAAGUUCCUAUGGUAGCCAGGGUCAAGGUGGAGAGGGCUAUGAGCAACCAAGUUCCUAUGGUAGCCAGGGGCAAGGAGGAGGAGGAGCAGCUGGUGGUGGUGGAAGCGGCGGUGGCGGCAGCAGCUAUGGAAGAUGGAGUGAAGGCACAGUCGAAACAGGUGAAGGAGGUGGUCAGGGUGGGAGGUUCGGACGUGACCAGGGAGAUGCUGAAGGAGGAGGUGGAUUCAGAGGCCGAGGCCGUGGCAGCUAUGACCGUGGCGGUUUUGACCGCAGUGGUGGAUAUGACCGCAGUGGUGGAUACGACCGUGGCGGAAGAGGUGGACCUCCUGGUAUGGGAGGUGGUGACCGUGGUGGCUACAAAAAUUACGGUGGCUCUCGAGACUUCGACUCAAGGGAUGAACCAGCUGGGGAACAGGACAACUCUGACAACAACACCAUAUUUGUCCAGGGACUUGCGGAAGAAGCCACAGUUCAGGAAGUCGGUGACUUCUUCAAGCAAAUUGGUAUCAUCAAGGUGAACAAGAAGACUGGCCUGCUAAUGAUCAACAUCUACUCUGACAAGGCCACCGGCCAGCCAAAGGGAGAAUGUACAGUGUCAUUCGAUGACCCGCCCUCUGCCAAAGCUGCCAUUAACUGGUUUGAUGGCAAGGAGUUCAAUGGCAAACCUAUCAAAGUAUCAUUUGCCACCCGCAGAGCUGAGUUCACACAGAGAGGAGGAGCAGCAGGAGGGAGCAGUGGAAGAGGUAGUGUAGGAGGUGGCGGCGGCGGAGGAGGGCGAGGAGGUUUCAGAGGUCGUGGUGGUGGAGGAGGAGGAGGACCCAACUUUGACAUUAAGGGAGGAGACUGGCCCUGUCCCAACAGCUCUUGUGGCAACAUGAAUUUUGCACGGCGGCAAGAGUGUAACAAGUGUGGCGCUCCCAAACCAGGAGAAGCAGGAUUUGGAGAUCGUGGAGGCAGAGGCAGUUAUGGUGGUGACCGAAGCGGUGGCUUCAGAGGUCGGGGAGGUUUCCGCGGAGGAGACCGUGGAGGAGACCGCGGUGGAGACCGUGGAGGCUACGGAGGAGGUGGCGGAUUCGGAGGGGGAUACAAAAUGGGAGGAAGAGGUGACCGUAGAGACGACAGAAGAGAGCGACCAUACUAAGUGUUGAGCAGAUAGAAACCACUCCAGCCCUUGAGUUCGCCAUGGAGGGAGGGUUUAGUUUGGGAAAACUGGGGGGAAAGGACCGGGGAUCAGACAUUCUGAUUUUGGCUCCUUUUUUUUUUAUAGCUAGUGCAUCCCAACUAUUACUGCUCAUCUGAGCAAGGGACGGAUGUGUUGAGCUACUGUAAAGGGACUUUGGGGCGAUUGGCACUGUUGGCAUGUGGUCAAAUGAUUGUUUUUUUUGUUUUGUUUUUUCCUCCGCUUUUUUCUUUUUCUUUGUACAUCUUUUUAAUUUCCUCUCGGAUUCUAGUUGCAGAUGUUUUGUGAGGUAGACUUCGUACCAUGUUUUGUAUGAACGGAAUAAAUGUUUUACUUUGGUUCUUUUUUUUCCAAAAUGAUAUUAAAAACUGUGAUCUUUU